AGCAUUGCACUCGCUCACAAGACGACUGGACCUUAUGACGACCUCGGUUCGUUUCAGAAUCCAGCGCCUCGCGCACGUCCUCGUUUCCGCUACUGGCUGCCGGAUGCCAGUGUGGACCCCGGACUCGUCCAACAGAAUAUCAAAGAUGCCGGGGCUCUGGGUGCUGGUGGUGUUGAGUUCCUCCCAUUCUACGCUUAUGGCUCCGAGGUACCAGGGGCGGACUGGGUGACCUACGGCUUCGGCACGCCGGCGUACCUCGAGAUGUUCAAAGCUGCUCUCCAGGCUCACAAAGAGGCCGGCCUUGCCAUGGACUUUCCCCUCGGCCCUAACCAGGGUCAGGGAGUGCCUGCACGGUAUGAUGAUGAGGGGCUUCAGUGGGAUUUGGUAACCCUUUCGGCUUGGAACAUCACAGGCCAGACCGUUACGGCUUUAUACACCGUGGCAGUAGAGGACCAUAUGCAAUACGUGCUCAAGAAUGCAACACUACAGGACUGGACAGACAAUGUAUCAUCAGAAGGCACCGUUCAUCUGGAGCUUCCUUCGUCUCACGGCGAAACCUAUCUGCUUUUUGCAUUUUACCAGUACCUGUCACACACGCAAAAUCUCCCAGUCAACUCAAACAUGACCGGGACAAUCUUUGACAAUGGUUCCUACAUUGUCGAUCACUUCAGCGCGCAGGGAGCACAGGUGGUUACCAGGUUCUGCGAUGACUACUUGCUCGAGGACGCUGAGAUCAAGAAGCUUCUGUCCGAGGUCGGUAACUAUGGCUGGGAGGACAGUAUCGAGGCGAUUUCGAACAUGUCGUGGACGCCGUCGCUGCCGAAAGUCUUUUAUGACAAAUAUGGCUAUGACCUGAAGCGUUAUCUACCACUCUUCAUUUUCGGCAAUAACAACAUUGGCAUUCAAAACGCUGCACCGGGUUCGAUACAGUGCCUACUAGAUACUCCAGACCAAGGAAAGGGAUAUGUGAAUGAUUUCCGUGGUGCUCUAAUGGAGGGAUACCGGGCCUACGUGGAGCACUACACGAACUGGACCAACGCGAUGAACCUACAAUACUCGUCUCAGGUUGGCUACAAUCUACCUGUUGAUGUCUUGGCUAAUGUCCCGUAUGUAAAUGCACCGGAGUGCGAGAGCUUGCAGCACCAGAACAAUGUUGACAGUUAUCGGCAAUUCUCUGGUCCUGCAAUCUUAGCAGGAAAGAAAGUCAUCUCGAACGAGCUUGGCGCUGUCAUAACCGAAGCAUAUAGCCAUACGAUCACAGAGCUUCUGUGGCAGGUCAAUCGAGCGGCUGCAGGGGGCGUUAAUCAGGUCGUGUUGCAUGGACAAUCUUACUCUGGAGACUACUACAAUACGACGUGGCCAGGCUAUACAGCGUUCUACUAUCUGUUUUCAGACUCAUACUCUGAGAAGCAGCCAUACUGGAACCACGGAUUCUCAGAAGCCUUGAAUCACAUUGCGAGGUUACAAUACUCACAGCGAAAGGGUAUCCCGAAAGUUGACUUGGUCGUCUACAGCAAGGACUCCGCAUCUGAUCCGUAUUUGGGCACACUCUAUAACCAGAGUGACCUGAUCGAGCAUGGUUACACCUAUGUCUACUUGUCACCCGAGAACUUCGCCUUGCCUCAAGCUUAUGUGAAGAAUGGGUCAUUGGCACCGGAUGGCCCCGAGUUUCGCGCAAUGAUUAUCCCUAGGUCGAGCAACCUCACUCUUGAUGCCAUCAGCCAUAUCAAAGAUUAUGCCCGUGCAGGUCUUCCUGUAAUCUUAUCAGAUGGGCUGCCCAACAUCUACUUCACAGAAGAUGGGACUAAGACUGCCACUCGGGCAAAGCUGGCCUCUCUGCAGGCUACCCAGAAUGUCUAUACGGUCGCUGCUGGUCAAGCAGCUAGCAAGAUUUCAGCUUUAGGCAUCUCGCCCAGGGUCAAAGUGCAGGCCGAUGGGACCUGGUAUUCUACCUGGAGAACUGACAGCGACGGCACAGAGUAUCUUUUCAUCCUGUCGGACCUGGUCAAGUCUGCUGGCAGAAUAAGUGUCGCAACCACCAAACAGCCUUACUCACUAGAUCCGUGGACUGGCAAAGAGAGCCCACUUUUGGCAUAUCAACAAGAAUUCGGACGCACGAUAGUUUCCUUCUCCUUUGCUGCAAACCAGACCGCCAUACUGGUCUUCAGGGAUACCACGACGUCUGCGACAUCACUCUGUACCACCGACAUUCCCCCUUCAAUCAUUGGGCAUGAGUAUAUUCAAGCAGGGAGCCUUCAUCUGCACGUUUCGUCCAGUAGCCUUGCAAAGAUAUCACUGCCACUCUCCAACGGUAAAACCAUCACUCAACUCACUAACCGCACCGUCGCCCCAAGGAUCGCUCUUUCUAACUGGACUCUCACCGUCGAGCAUUGGAACCACCCUCUUAAUAUCAGCGAUGCCUCCACGAUCGCGCUCAAACACAACACCACUCACAGGCUCACUUCCCUCGUCUCCUGGCGCGACAUUCCCGCCAUCGCCAACGCCUCCGGAAUAGGCUACUACACCCACAGCCUGGCAUGGUCGCCUUCAGCAUCCGCCUCAGGCGCAUACCUCCUUCUACCCAAAGCCACCAACGGGGCGCGAGUCUACGUGAACGGUCACCGCGUCCCGCCCUUCGACUACCAGGCCCCGAAGAUCAACAUCAGUCCGUACCUUCACGCCGGCGCCAACGAGAUUACUGUAGAGGUUCCGUCCGUGAUGUGGAACUACCUCCGCUCGAUCUUCGAUGAGCUCUGGACAGGCGGCAUGUACCCG